UCCUUUUUUUCUUCUUCUUCAUCUGUGUUUAGGGUUUCUCACAUUUACCCUCUUUCCAUGAUAGACGCUCGCAUCCGAGAAGACAAUCUGCAAAACCGAGUUGAUUGGAAAUGACAUCGAAUGUGUCCGCUUGUGCUAUUGCGAAGUGUGAUUACUGUGGGAAAGAUUGCUCAAUUUUCACUUCUAAGUCAGGGUCACAUGUUGGAAGGAAAUUUUUUAAAUGUUCAUUGAAUUGCCUCUUCUUCAUGUGGGUUGACCAUCUUAAGAUGUGUGAGUGUGGGAACGGUCAGUGUAAGGUCAGAACUGCGAAGACAAGUGCAAAUUAUGGUCGAUAUUUUUGGUGUUGUCCACAAUCAACUGGGGUUGGAAACAAAGGUUGUGGAAUGUUUGAAUGGAUAUUAGAUUCAAGCCUAAGUUGUCAUACUUACCAGACUCCACCUAGGUCACUAUGUUCGGAAACCUCAAGUUCAUCAUCUCCUUCCCCUUCAUCAGACUAUAUCAAAGGAUACUUGAAUGGUGCAAUAAAAGAAUCGGAGGGUCAUACGAGGAUGCUGAGAGAUGUUCUUGACACAGUCAAGAAGCUUGAUUUAAACAAAAAUGUAGGAUGAACUUUUUUGGA